ACCACUAACUGAAAGGAAGAUUUGAUGGGGAAUAGUUAGAGAGAUUUGAGAAUGCUGGGCAUCUUCAAGAGCUCCCAGUAAGAAGAGAAGCCUAUGGAGGGAAAAGGGUGAAAAUUCUGAAAACCAAGUCUUCCUGCUUCAUCAUUUUUUGCAAAGCUAUCUUCUAUGAGCUGGAAAUACAAAAUGUAUACUUUGCCAAAAGAUAUGACUUUGAUAUGAAGCACCUUAAUAAUAUUCCCGCCCUGCUUCCAGCCUUGGCCCUUAACCUCCUUGGAAGCAAGAUCAACUUGAGAAUUUCUAAGCCUCGAGUUGCAAUGGAGCUGUAUGGAAAGAUGGCCUCUGCCCAAGAAUCCAGGUAUGGCCAGAAAGACUCUUCUGAUCAGAAUUUUGACUACAUGUUCAAAUUGCUGAUCAUCGGCAAUAGCAGUGUGGGGAAAACAUCUUUUCUGUUCCGUUAUGCGGAUGACUCCUUUACAUCUGCAUUCGUCAGCACAGUUGGGAUUGAUUUCAAAGUAAAAACUGUAUUCAAAAAUGAAAAGAGAAUCAAGCUUCAGAUUUGGGACACAGCAGGCCAAGAAAGAUACAGGACUAUUACCACAGCCUAUUAUCGUGGCGCUAUGGGCUUCAUUUUAAUGUAUGACAUCACAAAUGAAGAAUCCUUCAAUGCUGUACAAGACUGCUCGUUCUGCAUGCUGCUCUGGCCUGGCUUCCUUCCAUAUAAGGAGUUGCGGUAUCUUUCUGUGGCACCCCCUGCCUCUGUCUUGAAAACCCGCCAAGGAUGGCUUUGUUUAAUGCAUGUGCUGAUGGCUGCAAACCCCAGCAGCACAGACCCGGCGCUGCCUUCCACCCCAGCCAGGUCAACACAAAUCAAAACAUACUCAUGGGAUAAUGCCCAGGUUAUCCUGGUUGGGAACAAAUGUGACAUGGAAGAUGAGCGGGUCAUCUCAACCGAGAGAGGCCAACAUUUAGGAGAACAGCUGGGAUUUGAGUUUUUUGAAACAAGUGCCAAGGAUAAUAUUAAUGUCAAGCAAACAUUUGAGCGCCUUGUGGAUAUCAUCUGUGACAAAAUGUCAGAGAGUUUGGAGACCGACCCAGCCAUCACUGCCGCAAAGCAGAGCACAAGACUCAAGGAAACCCCUCCUCCACCACAGCCCAACUGUGGAUGUUAAUGUCUACACACACACACACACACACGGGCAGCUCCAGGGGGCUCUGGUUGCCAAGAAAUAACAUUUAUAAAUGGUCUAUUAGCCUUCACUUAUACUGCCUAAUAAUUAUUUAAAGGAAGUCUUUGGUGUCAAUGGCCCAUACAUGCAAAAUUCAAAUUUUGGGAGAUUUACUCUAUUAACAUGUGGCAAAUAUGUGAUCUUAAAUUUGUAAGGAAUAUCCAUCUAUAAACAUCUGGUACUUGCAUGUGACUUGUUUUCUUAUUUGUCUGAAAGCCUCUUUUGUUUUUCCAAAUUUUAUCUCAGUUAAGCUACUGUUGAUAUUUCAACCAGUAAUAUGACAAUUAACUUAUGUGCCAGAGAUUCAAAUUAUGCUAUUUACCUGUAGGGAUGGUGACCAAGGAAUUACAGUUAUGUGUAUGUGUAUGAGAAGGGGAGGGGGAUGUUAGGAGAUUUUUGCUUUCCUCUUAACUGAGAAUCAAGUAGAGGUUUUGCUCUUGAUUAGGAACACUGUUGUAGUUUACUAUUAGAAAAUGUAGCUAUUUCCAAUCUUAUUAAACAACCAAGGAAACCAUGACUUUAAAGAAACUGAAAAUAUUUUAAGGCCCUUGCAAGUUUCCUAACUCAUUAAUGUUAAUCUGACGAACUAGAUUUAAACAAUGAUCUUAGUUUACAUGUUAAAUAAGCAAAUACCCUAUCUAGGCCUGCUCUCUCUCAUGAUUCUACCCAACUUCCUCAAUAUUGUAGACAUUAAAUGGAGCGAUGUCUAUUGAAUGAAAGCCAGUUAUGCAGGCUAUAGAAUUCCAAGGCCCAAGUUCCUCCAGUUUCCUUAAUGACUCUCCUCCGUCCCUGUAGCACAUACACUGCCACCACCGCCAUCACUUUCUGGAAACAUCCUCAUCUCUGGAAAUAGGCAUUAAGCUGGAGCUUGUUAGGGUUCCUAUUCCUAUAGGAUAUUCACUUGCUUCCUCAAACAUUGCCUUCUGUUCAAACCUCAGCUAUGUUCUUCUACCUACUUAGAAGCUACUUGAGUAAUAUUUCAGUGGAUCCCUAUUUGAAUACCGUUUUCAUAUUUAAUUUUUUAAAUCAGAUAUUUAUCAUUCUAAGGCAUAUCCUCUCUAUAAGUCUCUAAGUAUGUUUAAGUUAAACA